CGAAUUAAGAACGUGAAUAAUUAAACACGCAACAGCAUUCGCAAUGUUAAGAAAAAAAGUUUUGAGUAUAAUAUUAUUUUUUUGUGUGAUUACAACAGUGACAGCUAAGUGUGAUGUGGCAGAAGUUUGUGUGACUGAUCUACAACAGUCAGAUUGCGACCCGCAAAUCUUAGUGUCAAAUUCGCACAUAUUUGGGUGCUGUCCAUCAUGUCAAACCCCUAGCGGACUUCUGCCGGAACCUAGUGGUUGCAAACCUCCGUCUAAUUGUUUACCCGAUGGACGAUACGCACCAGUGCAAUGCAAAGGCGACCAGUACACUGGCAGAUGUUUUUGCUCUGAUGAAAAUGGAAAGAGAAUAUUCGGACAAAUGUGGAGAAGUGAUGCAAGUGAAAUGACUUGUGCUUGCAGCCGUAGAAGAGCUGAGUUAGAAGCUAUUGGAGGAAGAGUUGUGACACUUCACUGUACUCCGAAUGGGGAUUACGAAUCACUUCAGUGUGAUGAUGGGAUGUGUUGGUGUGCACAACCUAAGACAGGGUUUCCGACCGUCGUGCCAGUGCCUGAGAGAGACAUGACUCAACUACCAUGCUAUAGCCCAUUAUCGACCGGGGAGCAAUAUCUAAGGAAAUGCGAAAGCUUAGUUUUAGCCAAUCAGAGGAUCCAGCAAGAACAAUCAGAUCAUGGUACUGUAUUCCUCGGGAAUCCUACAACAUUUUGCGAGUAUGAUGGAAGCUAUGGACCCUACAAAGUUGUAAACGGAAUAGCAUACUGUGCAGAUCGAGACGGAGAAAUACUUGGUGCCUGGCAGGUUGUCUCGAGUGAUACAGCUGGAAUGACUUGCAAUUGCGCGCAAGACACCAUGAUCUACUUCCCUGAGCGCGGUCUGUCGGUGACAGCGGUCUGCCAGGCGAACGGCAACUACCGUCCGAACCAGAACGUGGGCGAUGUGUACUACUGUGUCGAUAAGGACGGCUACCAUAUAGAACUGUUAGACGCAUGGCCAACUGACAAUUGUGCCAGUUAUGCUUAAAGCUCAUAUUUUCGAGCUUUUGACUCUUCAACAGUAACUGCAUAUUUACGAGUUUUCUCUUUUAACAACAUUUUUGUAUGGUUUUUGUUAUAAACUUAUUUUUGUCUCAUUUAUCAUCUAAUAUUUUAUUUUGAUAUUAUAACAAGUUUUACAAAUAUUUUAUUUUUACCCU